AUGGCAGACGCCAUUCAAGCAAUUCACGCAAUGGCUACUGCUAUUGCAAAACAAUCUGCCACUACUAUUCAACAAGCGAAAACUUCUGCCCAACAAGCUGCAAUCCGAGCUCAACGUGAGGCGCUAAGGGAUCAGAGAGAAGAAGUUGUUGCUGCUGCGAGAGAACUGACAAAUUUUAAUCGUCAAAACCCACCAAAAUUCAAAGGGGAACAUGACCCAGACAAGGCUGAUCUUUGGAUACAAGAAAUUGACAAUUUUUUUGAAAUGUUGCAUUGCACAGAUGCUAAGAAGGUGGAAUAUGCAACCUUUUUGCUUAGGGCAGAGGCUGAAUCCUGGUGGCGGGGUGCGAAGCAGCUAAUGGAGAGUAAGAAUGAAGCACUGAAUUGCGCAACAUUUAAACAGAAAUUUUUGGACAAGUAUUUCCCAUCAAGUGCUAGAUCUGAGAAAGAAGCUCAAUUCCUUAGAUUAUACCAAGGUAAUAUGACUAUCUCUGAGUAUGCUGACAAAUUUGACUCACUAGCCAAAUAUUUCCGCUAUUUUCGUGACCAUGUGGAUGAGAACUAUAAGUGUGAGAGGUUUGAGCAAGGACUCAGAUAUGAGAUUAAGGAAUAUGUGGAGCCCUUGGAGAUCCGUCAGUUCCAAGUGCUAGUGGAGAAAUGUAAGAAGGUGGAACAGAUGAAGCAAGGACGUCCGAAUAGAUGGGUUUCUGGAGGACCGUCUAGACACCAGGUAGAAUCUGAGAAAUCUCUUUAA